AUGUGUGACAUUUAUCCCCCGCCCGUCUCCCCACCGUGUCUCACCCUCGCAGCCCCGCCCGUCUCCCCCGUGUCUCACCCUCACAGCCCGCCCGUCUCCCCCGUGUCUCACCCUCGCAGCCCCCGCCCGUCUCCCCCGUGUCUCACCCACCGCAGCCCCGCCCGUCUCCCCCGUGUCUCACCCUCACAGCCCCGCCCGUCUCCCCGUGUCUCACCCUCACAGCCCCGCCUGGUCUCCCCCCCGUGUCUCACCCUCACAGCCCCGCCUGUCUCCCCCGUGUCUCACCCUCACAGCCCGCCCGUCUCCCCCGUGUCUCACCCUCACAGCCCCGCCCGUCUCCCCGUGUCUCACCCUCGCAGCCCCGCCCGUCUCCCCCGUGUCUCACCCUCACAGCCCCCCGCCCGUCUCCCCCGUGUCUCACCCUCACAGCCCCGCCCGACGUGUCCCCCGUGCAGCCCUCCCCCGUGUCCUCCACCCUCACAGCCCCGCCCCCGUCUCCCCGUGUCUCACCCUUGCAGCCCCCCGUCUCCCCCGUGUCUCAGCCCCGUGUCUCCCCCACACCUCACAGCCCCGCCCGUCUCCCCCGUGUCUCACCCUCGCAGCCCCCCGUCUCCCCCCGUGUCUCACCCUCAGCCCCGCCGUCUCCCCCGUCUCACCCUCGCAGCCCCGCCCGUCUCCCCCGUGUCUCACCCUCACAGCCCCGCCCGUCUCCCCCGUGUCUCACCCUCACAGCCCCGCCCGUCUCCCCGUGUCUCACCCUCACAGCCCCGCCUGUCUCCCCCGUGUCAUCACCCUCACAGCCCCGCCUGUCUCCCCGUGUCUCACCCUCGCAGCCCCGCCCGUCUCCCCGUGUCUCACCCUCGCAGCCCCGCCCGUCCUCUCCGUGUCUCACCCUCGCAGCCCCGCCCCGUCUCCCCCGUGUCUCACCCUCACAGCCCCGCCCGUCUCCCCCGUGUCUCACCCUCACAGCCCCGCCUGUCUCCCCCGUGUCUCACCCUCACAGCCCCGCCUGUCUCCCCGUGUCUCACCCUCACAGCCCCGCUGUCUCCCCGUGUCUCACCCUCACAGCCCGCCCGCCUCCCCGUGUCUCACCCUCGCAGCCCCCCGCCGUCUCCCCGUGUCUCACCCUUGCAGCCCCGCCCGUCUCCCCCGUGUCUCACCCUCGCAGCCCCGCCCGUCUCCCCCGUGUCUCACCCUCACAGCCCCGCCCGCCCCCCCGUCUCCCCCGUGUCUCACCCUCGCAGCCCCGCCCGUCUCCCCGUGUCUCACCCUCGCAGCCCCGCCCGUCUCCCCCGUGUCUCACCCUCGCAGCCCCGCCCGUCUCCCCCGUGUCUCACCCUCACAGCCCCGCCCGUCUCCCCCGUCUCACCCUCACAGCCCCGCCCGUCCCCCGUGUCUCACCCUCACAGCCCCGCCCGUCUCCCCCGUGUCUCACCCUCACAGCCCCGCCUGUCUCCCCCGUGUCUCACCCUCACAGCCUGCCCGUCUCCCCGUGUCUCACCCUCGCAGCCCCGCCCGUCUCCCCGUGUCUCACCCUCGCAGCCCCGCCCGUCUCCCCCGUGUCUCACCCUCGCAGCCCCGCCCGUCUCCCCCGUGUCUCACCCUCACAGCCCCGCCCGUCUCCCCGUGUCUCACCCUCACAGCCCCGCCUGUCUCCCCCGUGUCUCACCCUCACAGCCCCGCCUGUCUCCCCCGUGUCUCACCCUCACAGCCUGCCCGUCUCCCCCGUGUCUCACCCUCACAGCCCCGCCCGUCUCCCCCGUGUCUCACCCUCACAGCCCCGCCCGUCUCCCCCGUGUCUCACCCUCGCAGCCCCGCCCGUCUCCCCCGUGUCUCACCCUCGCAGCCCCGCCCGUCUCCCCCGUGUCUCACCCUCGCAGCCCCGCCCGUCUCCCCCGUGUCUCACCCUCACAGCCCCGCCCGUCUCCCCCGUGUCUCACCCUCGCAGCCCCGCCCGUCUCCCCCGUGUCUCACCCUCACAGCCCCGCCUGUCUCCCCCGUGUCUCACCCUCACAGCCCCGCCCGUCUCCCCCGUGUCUCACCCUCACAGCCCCGCCCGUCUCCCCCGUGUCUCACCCUUGCAGCCCGCCCGUCUCCCCGUGUCUCACCCUCACAGCCCCGCCCGUCUCCCCGUGUCUCACCCUCACAGCCCCGCCCGUCUCCCCCGUGUCUCACCCUCACAGCCCCGCCCGUCUCCCCCGUGUCUCACCCUCGCAGCCCCGCCCGUCUCCCCCGUGUCUCACCCUCACAGCCCCGCCCGUCUCCCUUGUGUCUCACCCUCGCAGCCCCGCCCGUCUCCCCCGUGUCUCACCCUCACAGCCCCGCCCGUCUCCCCCGUGUCUCACCCUCGCAGUCCCGCCCGUCUCCCCGUGUCUCACCCUCACAGCCCCUCCCGUCUCCCCCGUGUCUCACCCUCGCAGCCCCGCCCGUCUCCCCCGUGUCUCACCCUUGCAGCCCCGCCCGUCUCCCCCGUGUCUCACCCUCACAGCCCCGCCCGUCUCCCCGUGUCUCACCCUCGCAGCCCGCCCGUCUCCCCCGUGUCUCACCCUCGCAGCCCCGCCCGUCUCCCCCGUGUCUUACCCUCACAGCCCCGCCCGUCUCCCCCGUGUCUCACCCUCACAGCCCCGCCUGUCUCCCCCGUGUCUCACCCUCACAGCCUGCCCGUCUCCCCGUGUCUCACCCUCGCAGCCCGCCCGUCUCCCCGUGUCUCACCCUCGCGGCCCCGCCCGUCUCCCCCGUGUCUCACCCUCGCAGCCCCGCCGUCUCCCCCGUGUCUCACCCUCACAGCCCCGCCCGUCUCCCCCGUGUCUCACCCUCACAGCCCCGCCUGUCUCCCCCGUGUCUCACCCUCACAGCCCCGCCUGUCUCCCCCGUGUCUCACCCUCACAGCCCCGCCUGUCUCCCCCGUGUCUCACCCUCACAGCCCCGCCCGUCUCCCCCGUGUCUCACCCUCGCAGCCCCGCCCGUCUCCCCCGUGUCUCACCCUCACAGCCCCGCCCGUCUCCCCCGUGUCUCACCCUCACAGCCCCGCCUGUCUCCCCCGUGUCUCACCCUCACAGCCCCGCCUGUCUCCCCCGUGUCUCACCCUCACAGCCCGCCUGUCCUCCCCCGUGUCUCACCCUCACAGCCCGCCCGUCUCCCCGUGUCUCUCCCUCGCAGCCCCGCCCGUCUCCCCCGUGUCUCACCCUUGCAGCCCCGCCCGUCUCCCCCGUGUCUCACCCUCGCAGCCCCGCCCGUCUCCCCCGUGUCUCACCCUCACAGCCCCGCCCGUCUCCCCCGUGUCUCACCCUCACAGCCCCGCCUGUCUCCCCCGUGUCUCACCCUCACAGCCCGCCUGUCUCCCCCGUGUCUCACCCUCACAGCCUGCCCGUCUCCCCGUGUCUCACCUCGCAGCCCGCCGUCUCCCUGUGUCUCACCCUCGCAGCCCCGCCCGUCUCCCCCGUGUCUCACCCUCGCAGCCCCGCCCGUCUCCCCCGUGUCUCACCCUCACAGCCCCGCCCUGUCUCCCCCGUGUCUCACCCUCACAGCCCCGCCUGUCUCCCCCGUGUCUCACCCUCACAGCCCCGCCUGUCUCCCCCGUGUCUCACCCUCACAGCCCUGCCCGUCUCCCCGUGUCUCACCCUCGCAGCCCCGCCCGUCUCCCCCGUGUCUCACCCUCGCAGCCCCGCCCGUCUCCCCCGUGUCUCACCCUCGCAGCCCCGCCCGUCUCCCCCGUGUCUCACCCUCACAGCCCCGCCCGUCUCCCCGUGUCUCACCCUCACAGCCCCGCCUGUCUCCCCCGUGUCUCACCCUCACAGCCCCGCCUGUCUCCCCCGUGUCUCACCCUCACAGCCUGCCCGUCUCCCCGUGUCUCACCCUCACAGCCCCGCCCGUCUCCCCCGUGUCUCACCCUCACAGCCCCGCCCGUCUCCCCCGUGUCUCACCCUCGCAGCCCCGCCCGUCUCCCCCGUGUCUCACCCUCGCAGCCCCGCCCGUCUCCCCCGUGUCUCACCCUCACAGCCCCGCCCGUCUCCCCCGUGUCUCACCCUCACAGCCCCGCCCGUCUCCCCCGUGUCUCACCCUCACAGCCCCGCCCGUCUCCCCCGUGUCUCACCCUCACAGCCCGCCCGUCUCCCCGUGUCUCACCCUCGCAGCCCCGCCCGUCUCCCCCGUGUCUCACCCUCACAGCCCCGCCCGUCUCCCCCGUGUCUCACCCUCGCAGCCCCGCCCGUCUCCCCCGUGUCUCACCCUCACAGCCCCGCCUGUCUCCCCCGUGUCUCACCCUCACAGCCCCGCCCGUCUCCCCCGUGUCUCACCCUCACAGCCCCGCCCGUCUCCCCGUGUCUCACCCUGCAGCCCGCCCGUCUCCCCGUGUCUCACCCUCACAGCCCCGCCCGUCUCCCCCGUGUCUCACCCUCACAGCCCCGCCUGUCUCCCCCGUGUCUCACCCUCACAGCCCGCCCGUCUCCCCGUGUCUCACCCUCGCAGCCCCGCCCGUCUCCCCGUGUCUCACCCUCGCAGCCCCGCCCGUCGUCUCCCCGUGUCUCACCCUCGCAGCCCCGCCCGUCUCCCCCGUGUCUCACCCUUGCAGCCCCGCCCGUCUCCCCCGUGUCUCACCCUCACAGCCCCGCCCGUCUCCCCCGUGUCUCACCCUCACAGCCCCGCCCGUCUCCCCGUGUCUCACCCUCACAGCCCUGCCCGUCUCCCCCGUGUCUCACCCUCACAGCCCGCCCGUCUCCCCCGUGUCUCACCCUCGCAGCCCCGCCCGUCUCCCCCGUGUCUCACCCUCGCAGCCCCGCCCGUCUCCCCCGUGUCUCACCCUCGCAGCCCCGCCCGUCUCCCCCGUGUCUCACCCUCACAGCCCCGCCCGUCUCCCCGUGUCUCACCCUCACAGCCCCGCCUGUCUCCCCCGUGUCUCACCCUCACAGCCCCGCCCGUCUCCCCCGUGUCUCACCCUCACAGCCCCGCCCGUCUCCCCCGUGUCUCACCCUCACAGCCCCGCCCGUCUCCCCCGUGUCUCACCCUCACAGCCCCGCCCGUCUCCCCCGUGUCUCACCCUCGCAGCCCGCCCGUCUCCCCGUGUCUCACCCUCGCAGCCCCCCCGUCUCCGUGUUCCCCUCCAGCCCGCCGUCCCCCGUGUCUCACCCUCGCAGCCCCGCCCGUCUCCCCCGUGUCUCACCCUCGCAGCCCCGCCCGUCUCCCCCGUGUCUCACCCUCGCAGCCCCGCCCGUCUCCCCCGUGUCUCACCCUCACAGCCCCGCCCGUCUCCCCCGUGUCUCACCCUCACAGCCCCGCCCGUCUCCCCCGUGUCUCACCCUCACAGCCCCGCCCGUCUCCCCCGUGUCUCACCCUGCAGCCCGCCCGUCUCCCCCGUGUCUCACCCUCACAGCCCCGCCCGUCUCCCCCGUGUCUCACCCUCACAGCCCCGCCCGUCUCCCCCGUGUCUCACCCUCACAGCCCCGCCCGUCUCCCCCGUGUCUCACCCUCACAGCCCCGCCCGUCUCCCCCGUGUCUCACCCUCACAGCCCCGCCCGUCUCCCCCGUGUCUCACCCUCGCAGCCCCGCCCGUCUCCCCCGUGUCUCACCCUCACAGCCCCGCCCGUCUCCCCCGUGUCUCACCCUCGCAGCCCCGCCCGUCUCCCCCGUGUCUCACCCUCACAGCCCCGCCCGUCUCCCCCGUGUCUCACCCUCACAGCCCGCCCGUCUCCCCCGUGUCUCACCCUCACAGCCCCGCCGUCUCCCCCGUGUCUCACCCUCACACCCCUGCCCGCCCCCUCUCCCCCGUGUCUCACCCUCGCAGCCCCGCCCGUCUCCCCCGUGUCUCACCCUGCAGCCCCGCCCGUCUCCCCCGUGUCUCACCCUCGCAGCCCCGCCCGUCUCCCCCGUGUCUCACCCUCGCAGCCCCGCCCGUCUCCCCCGUGUCUCACCCUCGCAGCCCCGCCCGUCUCCCCCGUGUCUUCACCCUCACAGCCCCGCCCCGUCUCCCCCGUGUCUCACCCUCACAGCCCCGCCUGUCUCCCCGUGUCUCACCCUCACAGCCUGCCCGUCUCCCCGUGUCUCACCCUCGCAGCCCCGCCCGUCUCCCGUGUCUCACCCUCGCAGCCCCGCCCGUCUCCCCCGUGUCUCACCCUCGCAGCCCCGCCCGUCUCCCCCGUGUCUCACCCUCACAGCCCCGCCCGUCUCCCCCGUGUCUCACCCUCACAGCCCCGCCUGUCUCCCCCGUGUCUCACCCUCACAGCCCCGCCUGUCUCCCCCGUGUCUCACCCUCACAGCCCCGCCGUCUCCCCCGUGUCUCACCCUCACAGCCCCGCCCGUCUCCCCCGUGUCUCACCCUCACAGCCCCGCCCGUCUCCCCCGUGUCUCACCCUCGCAGCCCCGCCCGUCUCCCCCGUGUCUCACCCUCACAGCCCCGCCCGUCUCCCCCGUGUCUCACCCUCACAGCCCCGCCUGUCUCCCCCGUGUCUCACCCUCACAGCCCCGCCGUCUCCCCCGUGUCUCACCCUCACAGCCCGCCCGUCUCCCCGUGUCUCACCCUCCCCCGCCCGUCUCCCCGUGUCUCACCCUCGCAGCCCCGCCCGUCUCCCCCGUGUCUCACCCUUCAGCCCCGCCCGUCUCCCCCGUGUCUCACCCUCGCAGCCCGCCCGUCUCCCCGUGUCUCACCCUCACAGCCCCGCCCGUCUCCCCCGUGUCUCACCCUCACAGCCCCGCCCGUCUCCCCCGUGUCUCACCCUCACAGCCCCGCCUGUCUCCCCCGUGUCUCACCCUCACAGCCCCGCCGUCUCCCCCGUGUCUCACCCUCGCAGCCCGCCCGUCUCCCCGUGUCUCACCCUCGCAGCCCCGCCCGUCUCCCCCGUGUCUCACCCUCGCAGCCCCGCCCGUCUCCCCCGUGUCUCACCCUCACAGCCCCGCCCGUCUCCCCCGUGUCUCACCCUCACAGCCCCGCCCGUCUCCCCCGUGUCUCACCCUCACAGCCCCGCCUGUCUCCCCCGUGUCUCACCCUCACAGCCUGCCCGUCUCCCCGUGUCUCACCCUCGCAGCCCCGCCCGUCUCCCCCGUGUCUCACCCUCACAGCCCCGCCCGUCUCCCCCGUGUCUCACCCUCGCAGCCCCGCCCGUCUCCCCCGUGUCUCACCCUCACAGCCCCGCCCGUCUCCCCGUGUCUCACCCUUGCAGCCCCGGUCUCACCCUUGCAGCCCCGCCCGUCUCCCCCGUGUCUCACCCUCGCAGCCCCGCCCGUCUCCCUUGUAUCCAGGUUUGCAGAUGCAGUUGA